AAACAGAUACAGAAGGAAAAAAAUGCAAUCAAUAGCAAAUUGCAGGAUUGCAGUAGUAACAGGAGCAAACAAGGGAAUUGGGCUGGAGAUAGUGAAGCAAUUGGCUGGCCAUGGAGUCACAGCUGUGCUAACAGCCAGAGAUGUAAAGCGAGGGACUGAAGCAGCUUCAAGCCUUGGCCUUCCCAAUGUCAUCUUCCAUCAGCUUGAUGUCCUUGACUCCCUCAGCAUCCACAGGUUGGCCGAUUUCAUCACCAGAAAGUUUGGGAAACUUGACAUCCUGGUGAACAAUGCUGGAGCUUCUGAAGUCGAGGUGGACAAGGAACGCAUCAAGAGCCUGAAAAUCGACGCAGAAACUUGGCUUUCAGGUAAGGCUGCUCAUUUGGUUCAGGAUGCAGUGAAGCAUACCUAUGAGAAGGCAGAGGAAUGCUUGAACACCAACUUCUAUGGCGUCAAGUCGACAACUGAGGCUCUACUCCCACUCCUCAAGCUCUCCACUUGUGGUGCCAGGAUAGUUAACAUCUCCUCCCUCCGAGGGGAGCUACGAAGGAUCCCUAGCGACGAUGUGAGGAACCAACUUGGAGACGUCGAGACACUGAAUGAGAACAAGCUGGAUGAUAUGGUGAAGAGGUUUCUGCAAGAUUGCAAAGAUGACAGCCUCGAGGCUGGCGGAACGUGGCCAUCGAUGCUGCCAGCAUACAGCAUCUCCAAGGCUGCUGUGAAUGCCUACACGAGAAUCCUGGCGAGGAGGCAUCCUGAGAUGAAGAUAAACUGUGUUCAUCCUGGAUUCGUGAACACGGAUUUGAACUACCAUACGGGGACCAUGACAGUGGAAGAUGGGGCUAGAGGUCCUGUGAAGUGUGCUCUUUUACCUGAUGAUGGCCCUUCUGGCUGCUAUUUUGAUCAGACUCAAGUUGCUGCCUUCUGAAUGCUGUAUUGUUGAGCUCAUUUGACUGGCAACCAUGGAGGAAAAACCUUGAAACAAGCAAUUAGUAGAAAAACCUUCAAACAUGUCAACCUAAAGCUUCUUUUGAAGAUCUUUUAUCUUUAUGCUAGCACCUGCAAAAGCUAGGAGAAUCAUUAGUUUUAAAAACCAACAGGUUUAUGAUACACUGGGGAGGAAGGGAAAAAAAUUUGGACCAUUUCUCGAUUUAUGCGUGUCAUCCUUGCGCAGGGGCCAUGCUAAUCUUCUCUGUAUCGUUCCAAUUUUAUCGGAUGUCCCCGAAGGGACAGCAGCUUUGGUUUU